AUGAUAUCAAACCAAGACAAUAUCAUUCAAGUAUCAGCACCAGGUAAAAUCAUUUUAUUUGGAGAACAUGCAGUUGUAUUAGAGAAAACAGCGAUCGCAUCAGCCUUAUCAUUAAGAACAACAGUAACAUUUACACCAAAUACAAACAAUACAUUAUUAUUGGAUUUCCCUGAUUUAGCGGGUUUUGGAGUUAGAGAAUGGAGUUUAGAUGAAUUUAAAAAAUUAGAUCAUUUCCCAAAUGAUAUUGAUAUAUUAAAACCAAUUGAAUGUAGUGAAUUAUUUCAACAAGAAUUAAAUAAAAUUAUUGAUAUUAAAGGAAUUCAUACAUUUUUAUUUUUAUUUUGUGCUUUAACAAAAUGUACAAAAGCAUACAAUAUAAAGAUUACAUCAGAUUUACCAAUUGGUGCAGGUUUAGGAUCAUCAGCAUCAUUUUGUGUUAGUAUUUGUGCUGGUUUAUUAAAAGCAUUUGAUACCUAUAUUUGUGGUGGUUGUAAACAAUGUAUUGGUGGACAAGGACAACAGCAACAAAUUUGUAAUGAACAAUUAAAUUUAAUUAAUUUAUGGUCAUUACAGGGUGAAAAGAUUAUGCAUGGUACACCAUCGGGUAUUGAUAAUGCAGUUGCAACAUUUGGUAAAGCAUUGACAUUCACUCGUAAGAAUGGGUAUAAGAUAUUAGAGAAUGGUAUACCACCAUUACGUAUAUUGAUUACAAAUACUCGAGUUAGUCGUUCAACUAAAACUUUGGUAGAAGGCGUAAUUCAACGUUCGAAAUUAUAUCCAACAUUGAUUGACCCAGUCUCCAAUUUAAUUGACACUAUCUCAAGUCAAUGUAUUGAAUCUUUCAAUCAAUAUCAUACCGAUAAAGAUUAUGAAAAACUUCAACAAACUAUGGAUCUUAUGUUUGACAUGAAUCAACAUCUAUUAUCUGGUUGUUAUGGUGUUGGUCAUUCUUCAAUUGAUACAAUCGUUUCAAUUACAAAAUCAUUAGGUUUUCAUACAAAAUUAACUGGUGCUGGUGGUGGUGGUUGUGUUAUUACACUUUUAAAACAAGAUACUACAAUCGAUCAAUUAUCAAAUCUCAAAUUAACUUUAUCUUCAAAUGGUUUCGAAAGUUGGGAAGCAACAAUUGGUGAUCCAGGUGUUUCUAUUAAUAUUUUACCAAUUCAAAAAUAA